AUGGAUGCAGAAUCAGCGCUUUUAAACGAAUAUGACAACUACGACUACGUGCCUCCCAGACCAGGUUGGUUCAUAAAUAACUCGAAUAACUCAAAUAAAAGCAUAGUUGGAAGUUUAUCGUUCCUGGCAGCGUGUUCACUAUGUCUGGUUAGUGCCGUUAACGCUAUAAACGUUUUUUCACUAGUAAACCCCUCAUUAUAUCUGUUAAACCUGGUACAAGGAUUUUUUGGGUUUUUGGUGCUCGUGUCAGAAGGGGAAAGGUAUUCGUUUUUGGAGUCAUAUGGAAACCUUGUGGACAACUACAUGAAGUUCCUGAGCUUGAACGUCGGAAAGAGUAUGUUCUUUUACCUGAUCGCACUCUUAUCUUUUAAUUUGACAAGGCUGUCUGUACUAUAUUUCCUGCAAAUGUUCGUAUGGGUUGGACUGGCAAGCGUAUUGCUACUCAAUUCUGCCGGACUUUUUAAAAAUUAA